UUGAAAUGGUAUCUUGGUGAGCGAGUGUUUACAAAUUGAGGAGAUCAAAGUACUUUGUUGACUAUUUAUGGUGUUUGACUUUCAACAUUUUCUCAGUGUUCGAAUAUAUUUUCUUAAAAUUGACAGUUAUUUUGUACAAUCGAUCGAAAAAUGAAAAGUGGCAGAGACGUAGUUAGUGUAAAGAAGGAACCGGAAGAUAGUUGGUCAGAUGCAGGUGGCGAUACUAAUUUCGAUUCCAUGGACUUUUACCAAGUCAAAAACUAUGGAACAUCCUCACAUCUUAACAGAUCGGUAAAUUACAUGAAUGAGGAUAUUGUCUCAAACCAGAAGUCGGAUGAAAGUAUAUCUAUUGAAGUUGAAUGCCAAGAUGUAAAGCUUGAACCUCCAUCUCCAUUGAAAAGCAUCUGCACAUCUGAUUAUGAAAGUUGCUUAUCUAUCGUGAAAUUAGAAAACGGAAAUCAGACAGAUGACACAAGUGGAAAAAAAUAUAUUGAUUUUAAUAGCAAACAUUUCAAAAAUGAGAAGUUGAGUCAUUCGCCUAGAGCGAACGCAGAAAAAAAGAAACAAACGAAUUACUUGAAUGGAAAAAGCCUAAUAAUUUUGAUUAAAAAAAACUUUGAUUAUCGUAAUAAUUGUCUAUUUCAAGAAAUCUCUCAAUUGCAACUUGACGAACUCAAGGAUGUGAAAAUAGUUGAAAAAAGAACACAUACUAAAUUAUCGCAUAAUUAUAAAGUAUGUAAAAAAACGUACAACAAAGAAGCGAGUCUAAAAAGACAUAGCAGUACAAAAAAUAGUAGAUGUAGACUAUGCGAAAGUCGUAAUGGUCACAAGUUAUAUGGUCAAAAUACCCUCCGAAAGCACAUGAUGACGAAUCGAUUCGAAUGUGAUAUUUGCCACAAAUCAUUUACAAGUAAUCGUCAUCUUAAAAAUCACAUGAAUGAGGUACAUAAUCACAGCAAACCAUACGAAUGUAAUAUUUGUAGCAAGUCAUUUGGUCGCAUUGCAACUCUCAAAAGGCAUACAAUUACAGUACACGAUUGCCAAAAACCAUUCAAAUGUGACACUUGUCACAAAUCGUUUGGACAAAAAAGUCACCUUCAACGUCACGAGAAUGAAGUACACGAUCGUAGCAAACCCUUCGAAUGUGAGAUUUGCCACAAAUCAUUUGGAGAAAAGAGUAAACUCAAACGGCAUAAAUUGAACGUACAUGAUCGGAGCAAACCCUUUGAAUGUAACAUUUGUCUCAAAUCAUUUGGACAAAAGUAUAAUCUCAAUAGACACAUCGAUAAAGUACACAAUCAAAGUAAACUCUUUGAAUGUGAGAUUUGUCAUAAAUCAUUUGGAUACAAAUGUGUUCUUAAAUAUCACAUAAAUAAGGUACAUAAUCACAGCAAAAUGUGAUAUUUGUAGCAAAUUAUUUGGUCGCCAUGCAACUUUCAAAAGGCAUACAAUUACAGUACACGAUCUCCAAAAACCAUUCAAAUGUGACAUUUGUCACAAAUCAUUUGGAAUGAAAGAUUACCUCAAAAGGCACAUAAUAACGGUACAUAGUCAAAGUAACCUUUGAAUGCGAGAUUUGACAUACAUCAUUUGGACAUAAAUAUCACCUCCAAUUUCACAUAAAUGAAGUACACAAUUCAUGUAAAUCUUAAAAGCGUAAGAUUUGUCCAGAUAUAUUUGAACUCCAUGAAGAUUUCUACAAUCACGUGAAAACGUCAAGUACUGUCGUAAAAUCAAAUUUUUGUAAUAAAAAGUAAAAUAUUUCAAGCUACCAUUCAUUUUGUCGUGAUUGUGAAAAAUUUUUUACUCAUUAUUUGUACAUAAAUUAAAAAUUUUAAUAAU